UCUGACGUAGCAACACCUUUAACAAAAAAACCUUACAAACAAAAUUAAAGAAGAAACGAGCAAAUAAAUUAACAAAUUCACUUUCGGCUGUAAAUAAUUGGAAUCGUGUCGUGUUGCACUGAAAAUCACUUGUAAAUUGUUGUGUCAUUAAUUGCGCAAAGACAAAAAACAAAUAACCAAAAGUCGACACAGUGCGCUGAUUGUUGACUCAAAUUAAAAGUGCGACAAAUUUUCAUUUUUGUUUAUUUUUGGUUUCGAUAACAUUUUGCUCGACUUGUCAGCCUCUCUAAAAAAUGCCCUUAAAACGUAUCCGUACAAAAAGUGGAAUCUAAUUAAAUAAAUUGCAAACAUCAGACUAAUUCCAGUCACCAAUAUAUAGAUUCUAUCUGGUGAGAGAACCCAGAACAGGAAACAAUUGGAUUCGUCUGAGAAAUUGAAAACGUACAUAAAAAUGGAGCUGGCCAACACAAAGCGGUUCGUUGUGGAGGACUCAAUUACCAAGGUGACUUCCGAUGGAGAACCGCACGGAAUGAUGACCAUGGUGGCUGGAUUGUCUGGACUUUUGGCGGCCAUUAUCAUUUUGGCCGUUCUCGUGUCCAUGGUGUCCUGUCGCAAGCAAAGGAGCAAAUCCAAUCGUAACAGCAACAGCUCUAAGAAUGUUGUACCCAUGACCAGUGUUCCGCAGGAUCAGCCGCAGUUGGCUGGCAAUUUAAAUGCAGCUUUUGCCGAAAGCACCCUGACCUUGGAUAAGGAUAAGGACAAGGAUGCCCAGUGGCGACCCACUUCGGUGGUGGUGGUGGAGCGGUAUUAGCUUACAGGGAAUAUAUACAUAUACGACUAUAACCACAUCCCACAACGGAAGCGGAAGGGCACGUGAUGUUUUUUGUAAACGUUUGAGACUGAGACUUAGCCUUAGGAUUUCCAUUACCAUAUUUGAUCAUUUAUGGUUUUUUUUUUUUGCUUGUUGAAAU